GUACGCACAUGAAGCCUACGCAAAGGUCACUCCACCACUCCUAACUGCAAAGGGUAACGCUUCCACCAAAACAGAGGACGAAUCUGCAGCGUAGCAUGGCAGAAGGGGCGGUUGUUGAAGGGCUGAAGCUAGAGCAGCGCCACGGCAAGGAAAGAGUGAGAGUUGGGAGAGUGUGGAGAGAUGUUGACGGCACCCAUCAUUUCGUCGAGUGGAACGUCAGCAUCCGCCUCCUCUCCGAUUGUAUCCCUGCAUAUGUCACGGGCGACAAUUCUAACAUCGUCGCCACCGAUACCAUGAAAAACACCGUGUAUGUUAAAGCCAAGGAAUGUUCUGAACGGAUCCCAGUGGAGGUUUUUGCCAUUAAACUUGCCAACCACUUCUCUACUUUCUACGACCCGGUCACCACUGCAAUUGUCAAUAUUGCGGAAAAGCAAUGGGAGCGUGUCUCUGUAGAUGGUCAAUCCCAUAAACAUGGUUUUAAGUUUGGAUCUGAGGAGCAUACGACAGAAGUUGUAGUAAAGAAAUGCGGAGCUUUGCAGGUGACUUCUGGUAUUGGAAAACUGAAAUUGCUUAAGACAACUCAAUCAGGCUUUGAAGGAUUUAUAAGGGACAAAUACACGAUGCUGCCAGAUACACAGGAGAGAUUAUUGGGAACUGAGGUCACUGCAUCAUGGAGAUAUGCUUUCGAUUCUCUUGAAAAUAUCCCUGUGCAGCCACUUUACUUUUUCAAUAGCUAUACUGGUGUGAAAAAGGUUUUGGUCGACACUUUCUUUGGCACUCCUAAAAUGCGAGUAUACAGUCCAUCUGUUCAGUACACUCUAUACGAGAUGGCAAAGGCUGUUCUGGGAAGGUUUCAUGAUUUAUCAUCAGUUGACUUGAAGAUGCCAAACAUUCAUUUCCUACCAGUUAACCUGUCGAGCAAAGAUAAUCCGGUCAUUGUCAAAUUUGAAGAUGAUGUAUAUUUACCAACUGAUGAACCACAUGGAGCAAUUGAAGCGAGUCUAAGCCGCAUUCGUUCGAAGAUGUAAAUGUGUAGUGCCUGGGGAAAAGUUUUCCCUACGUUGCUGAGGACUUGUGCUUGUAGAUAUGGUCAUUCUGACUGUUGUACAUGAACUCCAACAGGAUGCUUUCAUUAGCCAUCCAAUUGUACAUGACUCUAAUAAUCAUCACCGGAAUAAGCUCUCUAUUAACGAUUAUGUAAAUGUGUGUGUCAGCUUUUAGUACUUGGUCAGCAAUGGUACAAAGAACAGUUUGUAACCUCA